AUGUCAUGGAAUAUAUGGCCCAGCACCAAGCUGGAUGCCACUCGUGUCAUCGUGCCGCUGGGAUGCCUCUACACCCCUCUGAAGGAGACAGAAGGCCUUCAGCUUGUGGAGUACGAGCCUGUCAUUUGCAAGGGGCGAGACUGCGGAGCUGUACUCAACCCUUUUUGUUAUGUGGACUUCCACUCCAAGAGUUGGACGUGCCCAUUUUGCCACACUCGAAAUCGUUUUCCUCAGCAUUAUGCAGAUCACAUAACGGAAACGAAUCUACCGGCAGAGCUCCUGCAGAUGUGCUGUACUAUCGAGUACAUCAUCCCGUCGGUUGCCUGCCAACCGCCUGUCUUCUUGCUAGUCUUGGAUACUGCUCUGAUCGAAGAAGAGCUUGAUCAAGCAAAGGACUCGCUACAGCAGUCCCUAGCCAUGAUGCCUCAGAAUGCCUUGGUGGGUUUCAUCACCUUUGGUGCAAUGUGCUACGUCCACGAGUUGGCGUCCACUACCUUGCCAAAGGCCUACGCAUUUCGGGGUGGAAAGGAGUACACUGCGCAGCAGGUGGCCUAUCAGCUCGGCUUUGCGCUGAAAAAUGAUCCUAGAGGGACCAUGGGGGCACAAGCAGCGAGGAGAUUCCUGCUACCAGUCGCAGACUGUGAGUUCACAUUGAAUUCUCUGCUUGAUGACCUUUCCCGGGACGCUUGGCCACUAGGUGGCCACGAUCGCCGACCUUACAGGUGCACAGGAGCCGCAUUGAGUGUAGCUCUGGGACUCGUGGAAGCUACGUGCCCUCAGGGCAGCGUCCGCGUGACUCUGCUGGUCGGCGGCCCUUGCAAUGUCGGCCCAGGAAUGGUCGUUGGGGAGGAGCUUGCAGAGACCAUAAGAUCUCAUUUAGACCUUCAGAAGGAGACACCCAAUGCCAAGCACACGAAGAAAGCGCUAAAGUUUUACGCUUCGCUUGCCUCAAGGGCUGUAGCUUGCGGCUUCGCGGUCGAUAUUUUUGCGUGCUCCCUCGAUCAGGUUGGUCUCUAUGAGAUGAAGGUCAUUUCUGACAAGACUGGUGGCUACAUGGUCAUGAGUGACUCCUUCAGCAUGCAUGUCUUCAAGGACUCUUUCCGGAAAAUUUUCGAGCCUGACGAGACGGGCUACUUGAAGCUUGGCUUCAAUGCCAAGAUAGAGGUGUUCACAUCCAGGGAAUUCAAAUGCUGUGGCGCAGUUGGUGGUCUGUCGUCUCUUGGCAAGAAGGGGCCGUGUGUUGCAGAAACUGAAAUUGGUGAAGGCAACACGUGCCAGUGGGUUGCCGGCUCCCUCGACCGCAACACAACCAUCGGUUUCUACUUUGACAUUGCCCAGGCCGCCACUGCAGCCGCCGGGAAGCAAGCCUUUUUGCAGUUCCAGACUUGCUACCUGCAUCCUUCGGGCAGGAAGCGCCUGAGGGUAACCACGGUGUCCCAUCGGUUCACCGAUGCGCAGAUGAGCGACAUCCAGCAAGGUUUCGAUCAGGAGGCUGCAGCAGUGCUCAUGGCCCGCUAUGCAGUCUUCAAGUGCGAGAAUGAGGACCCUUUGGAUGUGCUGCGUUGGGUGGACCGCAUGCUCAUCCGUCUCGUCUCAAAGUUUGCUGAUUAUCGCAAGGACGAUCCUUCCAGUUUCCACCUGAGCCCCGAGCUUUCUAUAUUCCCUCAGUUCAUGUAUCACUUGCGGCGGAGCAACUUCCUGCAGACUUUCAAUGCUAGCCCAGAUGAGACUGCGUAUUAUCGAAUGCUCAUUCUGCGGGAGAAUACCAUGAACUCUCUCGUGAUGAUCCAGCCUGCCUUGCUGCAGUACUCGUUUGACGAGGGUCCGCCUCAACCUGUCCUGUUGGACGCUACUUCCCUCAAGCCAAAUGUGAUUCUGUUGUUGGAUGCAUUCUUCCACGUCGUGAUCUGGCGAGGUGAGAUGAUCCAAGCCUGGUAUGAUGCAGGCUACCAGGAGAAGGAGGAGUACGCAAACUUCAAGGCGCUGCUGACAGCGCCCGCAGAAGAUGCGAAGCACAUUCUAGCAGACCGCUUUCCUGUGCCAAAGUUCAUUCAGACCAACGCUGGUGGAUCCCAAGCGAGGUUUCUCACCUCCAAGGUGAAUCCAUCGCAGACACAUAAUUCCGGAGCGGGGUGGGGCGGCGCGUCCGACUCCUCUGUAGUCAUCACGGACGAUGUUUCCUUGAAAGUCUUCAUGGAGCACUUGAUAAGGCUGGCGGUCCAAUCCUGA